GCCUUGCAGCACUGGGAAGAGGCUUUGCUUUUCACUGAAGACAUCUUUGAGCGAGCACCUGUGUUUGAGCAGAUGGCUCAGGUGCUACUCAUCCUGGAUCGGCCAUUCGACGCAAUCAGGACUGCGGAGCAGGCUGUCGAAAGCCGAUCUGCCAUGGGCAUCCAGCGAGCUCUGCGACUGGCAGCUUUGGCAUGGCUGGUGCUACACAUGCAACCAAUGCUACGCAAUGCCUUUGCUGGCAUGGGUUUGCCCUCGCCGCAGGUUCAUCUCACAUCGCGACCCGCAGCUGGCAAAGGCGUGGAGGUUGCAGAUGACUCAGACAUGUUGCGGAAGCUCAAAGCAUGGAAGAAGACGCGGGCAAAAGGCUUUGGGGAGAAGCCAAAGGCCGCCGAGGCCGUGCCUGUGCCUGCACCUCCAGCUCCCGCACCUCCCGCACCUCCCGCUCCUCCCGCUCCUCCCGCUCCCGCAGCCGUGAUGCCCAAGGCGCUCGAUGCGGUAUCCGAGCUGCUCACAAGGGCCACGGAGGAUGUGCGGCCGACAGAGUUUACGCCACAGCAGUUAGUCCGAGUAUUCUACGCCUUCUUCAGAGGAUGGCGACAGAAGCAUGGCCUGCCGGAUGAGUUCCAGCUGAGCACGAAGCACCAGGAAAUGGUUGUUCUCAUGAUUCAGAGCACCUUGACCCUCGUCAAUUCCGAACAGGAGUUUUGGCCACGGCUUUGUGCUGAACUUGGAAGUAGUCGUGAUCCUGAAGCUCGAGAGCUUCUUCUCGCGCUCACAGGCGUGCCACUCUGGUAUGCAGGCCACCUGACCUUGGGCCGAGCACUGCUAAAUUUUGGCGAGCUCGAGAGGGCGGUGGAGUGCCUGCGACGGGGCGCAUCCUUGUUGGAGGAGCAAGUCCAGGAUAAAGGCAACUCAAGCGAUGCCGAGGAGCUUGCCGAGAUUCGCAUGGAGCUUGCUGAAGCCGAGAAGCUCUAUGCAGAGGUGCGAGACCGCGCGAAAAGCACUUCAGAGCAGGUGAUCAUCAAUGGUCGUGUGGUUGAGUCGCACUUCUGGGAGACGGCUCACCACGUGACCUACGACAAGGAUGGAAGACCCACCACUCACUAUCCCAGUGGAUGA